ACACAUACACAUAUACAGCCACACACGGGACAGUAAAGGAGUCAACAGUGGACGAAACACCAACAUUAGACAGAGGAUUUUACCGUACGGGAUUAUAAUCGGUAUUAACGCGCGAGGACGAAUAAACGAAGACCUCCGGAUAAUAAUCCAACACUUGUUCAAUACGGAUAACAGUGUUUUACCUCAGUUUACCAUGGGAUAUAAUUACGAAAGCGGCAAUACUGGUGAUUUUUAGCAUGUUUUGGUGGCUUGACCAGAGUCACGGACACUUUCAGCAUGUGUUGCUCUGUCACGAGCUGUUUUGACAGCACCCAGACUGUCAUAUAGCUGUGAGUUAUAUAUAUCAUAUCAUAUUUUUGUCCACGUAAAAAUGAUUUCGGAGGAAAGGAGCAAUCACAUCUCCAAACAGGCUCUGGGCUUUCCUGUCGGACUGCUGAUCCGCUCGCCCAAGAGAAAACUAGCGAUGCUGGGCAGAAAGGCGAGCAAUGGAUCUCUGCAGUCGAGCACAUCUGACAGCACGUCUCAGUCUGUGGAGAGCACAGGAGUCCGGCAGCCGGCCCGCAGUAAAAUACGCCGUCACAACAACCGGCUGACCACCGUCUUCAACCGAAGCCCCGUCCUGCAGAGCGGCCGGCAGCGGCAGGAUGCCCGGAGCCUGGACCUGCAGACGGAGGAGGACGACCCUGCAGAGCUGUCCAGCCAGAGGACCGUCCCGGGCAUCCUCAAGAUAUUCGGCAGUGACAUCUGCCAGGGGACCAACUAUAAGAGUGUGCUGGCCACCAGCAACUCCAGUGCCAACCAGCUGGUCAAAGAGGCUCUGGAGAGGUACUGCUUGGAAAAGGAAGACCCCAGCGCUUAUGUGCUGUGCGAUGUGAUUGGACGAACUGGAUCUGAUCACGAAUGGAAGACUGAGUGCUUUCGAGUUGUCGGUGAUUACGAAAAGCCGCUCAUGUUGCAGUCACUCUGGAAACCAAAGGAGGGAUUCUCCAGAAGGUUCGAGAUCCAGAAGAGAGCAACUGUAGAGGCGCAAAGUGCCAAGGAGACAGACACCAUCACUGCAGGCCUCAAUGCCCAGGCCCGAAAGCUGCAGCAUGCCCGUUCACGGGUCACCUCGCUCUUUGUGGAUGGGACGCACGAGGGAGUGGACGCCCUGGGUAUCUGGAGGAGCUUAAGCGACAUGGACGUCUCCACUAUGGGGAAAGAAGCCAGCGUGAGCCGUCCUGCAGCCCCGCGGGAUGAUCCCGAAGCAGAGGCCGAUAAAGAGGUGCAGCGUCUCAAUGCAGAGAAAGAGGAGACGGAAAGCAGCGAUGACAACCACACGCAGUACUCCAUCCACCUGCCCUUUGAUUUCCCAUAUUUCCUCCUCCUGCAAGGAUACAGCCACAGACAGGACUUUCUGAUCUAUCUGAUGAGCGGGAACACAUGUGUGUUUGGCAGCGCCUCUGAAUCCUCCACCGGAGUGAAUCAGGAGUCACUGAAGGUGGACGUUUUACUCUUCGCUCCUGAUGUUUCACCUCAGCACUGCUGCAUUCAGCGACAGGAUGCCACCGCUGACCAAACUAAGAUGCAAACCAAACUCAGACCACUGCACAGUGCACAUGUUACGCACAACGGCGUCCCGCUCCAGGACGAAAUCGAGUUGUGUCCAGGCGACCUUAUAGGCCUCGGUCAGCACUAUCUCUUCAUGUUCAAAGACCCGACGGCCACAGGAGCCUUUCAGACUCCGUCCUGGAUGGCUACGUUGUGCCCCCCAGCAACGACGUCUCCCUGUAAACUGUGUGGGACAUCGGUCAGGAGGAGGAGGACUCAAAAAAUGGCCGCUCGCUGGAGGGAUUCUGAUGGUAGGGUGGUUUCGCUGUCCUAUCAAAUGGAGCAGGAGGAUCAGGUGUUGGAGAAGAUCAUCAGUAUGGUGGAUGCAGGAGGAGAAGAUCCCAAACUGACCGCAGCCUUUCUGCUGUGUCUGUGCAUCCAACAAUCUGCAACUGACUUUGAGCUGCUUCACCUGCGGAGACUGCUGCUCUCCAUUGCCAAUCACAUUCAGCUCGACAUGUGGGAACGAACAAAGGAACUUGCAGCUCUGCAUCCAGACACUAACUCCAUUGAUGGGACGGUGGAGCAGCCUGUGCUGAACAUGAAGGAUCUGAUCCCAGGCCUGCAGCCGCUGGUACUGUGGAUGUCCAACUCCAUUGAGCUUCUGCACUUCAUACAACACGAGGUUCCUCUGCUCUUAACAUGGAGACAGCAGGACAGACAGGAAAAGGACAAAGAAUGGCUGGAUGGUCAGAUCCAGUGCACUCGAGCUGCCAGUGAGGAGGCCAUGACGGUCCUGGAGGAGGUCAUCAUGUUCACCUUCCAGCAGUGCGUCUACUAUCUCACCAAAAUUCUGUAUGCAGUGUUGUCUGGGCUGCUGGAUAGUAACCCUUUCUCUGAGAGCGGUCAGCUGCGCAUGCCCGCAGGAGUCAGCCAGAUCCUGGACGUCCUGAAGGAGGCCCUGAAUCUGCUCAACACUUUCCAGGUGCAUCGAGAGAUCACGUCUCAACUGCUGACCUAUCUGUUUUUCUUCACCAACGCCUCGCUCUUCAACACACUGAUGGAGAGAGGGUCUGGAGGUGGCUUCUACCAGUGGUCCAGAGGAGUGCAGAUCCGAGCCAACCUGGACUUGCUGAUGGACUGGAUUCAGAGCAUUGGUCUGGGAGAUUUGGCUGCUGAGUUCUUCCAGAAGCUCUCUUCAGCUGUGAACCUGCUGGCAACGCCCAAAGAGACUCUACUCCAGGCCUCGUGGUCCACCCUGAGAGCUGAGUUUGUUCAUCUGAACCCUGCGCAGCUUCAUCAUAUGCUGAGAGAGUACAACACAUCUCGCACAUGUCCUCCAUGCUGGACUCCGUCUCCAGAGGACGCGACGGCGGCCCUCCAUACCUCUAAUAUCCUGGAAAGCUUCGACAACCAUCCUCCUCUGAUCCUGCCCAGCAACAUCUUUCAUCUGGAGCUGGGAAAACCCAUCACAGAGCCAGGGCUAUUCACUCCCCUCCAGCGUCUGCAGGAGUUUAUCCAGACCCCGCUGGACCGCAAGACACAGCCUGACCAUCAGCCUGCACUGGACUCAUCCAGUAACCUGUCUGAAGAGUCGACAUCUGAGUCAGUCAUCAUCCCGAAUCCCGAAGCAAACCAUCAGCAUCACGUCUCGACGACGCCUCCUCAGUUUCGGGGCUCUCACAGUAACCUGAGCUCCUGUGAGGCCGUCCUGACCCAGAAACUCAAGUCCCUGGAGCUCCAGAACUGCUUGUCUGGGAACGCAGACCUGGUCUUCCACAAGAGCCUGGCCCUGGACCCGUCCUGCCUGCUCACGCCCCCUAACACCCCGCAGAACAUGGACCAGGCCGAGCUAGAAGCCAGUCUGCAAGAUGGGGCACAGCAGAGCAUACGCCAGCACCACAGAGUAGAGAAUGGCCUCUCAGGAAACACAGACCAAAGAAAAGACGAGGAUGAGGAUGACAGAGAUGAAGUCUUCACUGUGGAGCUGAAGAAAGGCCCUCAUGGUCUCGGGCUGGCUUUGGUGGAUGGACUGAAAACUGCUCUGCGGGUGAAUGGGGUCUAUGUGAAGUCAGUGGUGCCCGAUUCUCCAGCGGCUCAGAGCCAGGGCCUGAGAACAGGAGAUCGGAUUCUCGCCGUCAACGGAGUCAGUCUGGUGGGAAUGGACUACCACAGUGGACGAGAGCUCAUCCGCACAUCAGGAGAUUCACUCCGCUUACUGGUGGCCAAAACUGAGUCCAUGAGCAGCGCCAGGAGCUGCAUCACCAGAUGCUGAGAAACCACACCAUUCACCAGGAUGAUUCACUGAUUCAACUGGAUGAGUCACUGAUUCAACUGGACGAUUCACUUAUUGACCUGAACAAUUCACUGAUUCACCAGGACCAUUCACUGAUUCAGCUAGACCAUUCAUCGAUUCACCUGGACCAUUCACUGAUUCACCUGAAUAAUUCACUGAUUCACCUGGACCAUUCACUAAUUCAGCUGGAUGAUUCAUUAAU